AACUGAGCUUUGAAUGAACAAACCGCCAGUGUAUGGUGUGACUUCGACUGUGUCGUCCGCACGCUCUGAACUCGCUCUCAAAGUGGCAACUUUAUACGCAAUUUAAGUGGAAUAAUUUUGUUUAUUCGCUGUUUACUUUAGUGUCACAUGGAUAUACCCGGCUUAAGCAUCUGACAGCAUUCGAGGAUCUGGCAUUGAAAUAUGCAGGAGCAUUGGUGGUCCUUAUAUAUACUCGCUAUAUUCAUGAUCGGACUUGAAUCUAAGCUCGUCGGUCAAGCAUUUCAACCGAAAUUUGCGGAACCAAUAACAAAUUUAACUGUACCAGUUGGAAGAGACGCAACCUUUAGAUGCCUUGUGCACAAUCUUGGAGGAUACAGGGUCGGUUGGGUAAAAGCAGACACUAAAGCCAUCCAAGCAAUACACGACCAUGUGAUAACUAAUAAUCCUAGAGUGGGCGUGUCUCAUAAUGGGCAGACUGUUUGGAAUUUACACAUUAGAAACGUCCAAGAGUAUGAUCGGGGUCACUACAUGUGUCAAAUCAAUACUGACCCAAUGCAAAGUCAGAUGGGAUACUUAGAAGUAGUUAUUCCACCGGACUUUGUGGCUGAGGAAACAUCUUCAGAUACUGUUGUGGCAGAGGGUGGUACAGCCCGCAUAGUCUGUCGCGCUCGUGGACAACCGACACCCAGAAUUAUUUGGAGAAGAGAAGAUGGGUCAGAUAUUGUAAUAAGAAGCCCCAACGGCGCCAAGAAAAAAGCGACCAUUCAUGAAGACGAAGUUCUAACUUUCACAAAGAUCUCCCGCUCAGACAUGGGUGCUUACUUGUGCAUCGCUAGUAACGGCGUACCACCAUCUGUAAGCAAACGUAUAGUUGUCCAAGUGCUCUUUCAUCCUGAAAUUCAAAUACCCAACCAGAUAGUGGGAGCUCCACUAGGGACAGACGUCACGCUGGAAUGCUACGUUGAAUCCUCGCCAAGAUCAAUCAACUAUUGGAUAAAGGACACAAACGAGAUGGUAAUAUCAUCGGAGAAGUUUGAAGUUAUGAACACUGUGAUCAGUUCAUUCGAGAGUCGCAUGACACUUACAGUGCGUAAACUAACUGCCGAUGACGUGGGCGUUUAUAGAUGUAUUGCUAAGAAUUCACUUGGAGAAGUCGAUAGCAGUAUAAGACUUUAUGAAAUACCAGGUCGGGUUAUCGAAAAUACCAGUUCAUCUGCAAAGAACGAGGAUUACAAAUACUCUUCUCCUAUCGAAGGUCCUGAUAACCAGUUUGGUUCCGCGGAGCGAUCAGAUGAUGAAGAUGACAAAGAAAAUAUUAGCGAAACCCUUAGAUCUCAUCCAGCAAAAAAAUAUCCAUUCAAUAAAGAGAACAGCACAAAUAAUAAAUCCCGUGUUACAAAUGGAACGGAUGAUACUAGAAAAAAUUUAAGCAAUAAUGUUCGCAAAAUAUUUGACAAUUUAGAAACUGAAGCGCGGGAUGCUGUGGUCAGCGGGUCUUCAUAUUCGAAGUCCCACUUUAAUAUUGUACUAACCAUAAUUUCUGCCAUAAAAUAUAUAACAUAUUAGUAAAUUAAAAAUAUAAAGCUCAUUACAUAAAUCAUUGAACAGAAACAGGUUUAAAUACUUUUACAUUUUGUAAUCUACUAUUGCAAAAUUACAAAUGUUAUUCUCGUAUAAAGUAAUAAAUAUAAGAGAUUAUAUUAUUUGUAUCAAUAAGGCAGGAAAACAUGUACAUAUGUAUGUUUAAAUUUGACAAAAAAAAAAUAUACAUAUAGAUAUCUAAUUACCAUUAAAUAUGUUUAUAUUAGUUUGUCUUCUAUAAGUAUUACAGGAAUAAAAGAAAUUAGUCUUCAUAAAAACUGGUCCUGUAUAGUAAAACAAAGUUUUUUUAAUAUUAUAUAAUUGUUGGGUUGUAUCUUAAUGAAAUAAAUUAAUGUAAUCUUCUGUGUAGAAAGUUUUCUAGGUAUUAUAAAGAUAGGGUCAUUCAUAGUGUAAAUAUGUGAUAAACUCUAUUUACUCAACUUGUUCUUACACAAAUAAUUUUAAGUAAAUUAUCUAAUUAUAAAUAAUGCGCUAUAGCAACUUUUUAAAAGUCAACAAUUUUUUAUUAUAGAUUCAGUAUUCAAAACCACAAUCCGAUAGCUAUACAAGGAUAAUAUUUUUCUUAGUAGAUUAUACUUUAUUUUUUAGCAUUUUAAUUCACAUUACAGAAAUUAGAUCUUUUGUACUGAUCCUAAAAGAAAAGAUACGUAAUAAGAUUUUAAACAGUUGAAUAAAUGUAUUGUUUAUUUGUUAUGAAGAGAAACGAGGAAGUGAAGUAGCUAAAAAUCCUUUUGCUUAAUUGAUAUCCAUCCAUCAUCGAAUGCGGAACAUAUUGGAUGAUAAAAAAUAUAAUAUAUUUGGUUAUACAUAAACAACUUGGGGUAAUUUAAAAUGGAAAUGUAUUAAAAAGUAACCAACAUUAUUUUAUUAUCGUUAUAUAUAUAUAAUAAAAAAAUAUAUUAUAAA